AAGCAUAAUGGGCUAAAAUGGAGUCCGCAUCUGACGGAGUUGGCAAACUCCAACAAAUACAAGAGAAUAUCUCACAAACGCUGUCAAAUUAUGACUUAACAAGGAACAUCAUCAUUGGCCUAUUCAUCGGUGCUGUUACAGCUGCUGUCAUCAUAUUUAUUGCACUUCGCAAGAUCAAAGCUAAAGUACUGACCAAGCUCAAUGAACGGUCACAGAAACCUCGCUUCAGGAAACGAGACAAAAUCGUCUUCUAUGGCAAAAAGAUGCUUCGGAAGGUCAAAUCCUUCACCAGGAAAACAAUGGACCGCACCGACUCUAGCGGUCGUCGGGUCAAGAAGAGGCAGAUAGUCAUGAAAUUCGCCAGAAGGCUCCUGCGCAUGAGGAGAGACUCCAUUCCACAGCUGGCCAAUAAGGAGCCACCCCAGUCAUUCCUGGAGACGGAGAGGUUGGACACGCUGUCGGGAGAAACGAUUCUUCCAUCUGAGGUUCUCUACAUGCUCAAAAGUGUCAGAGUGUUCGGUCACUUCGAGAAACCGCUAUUCAUGGACUUGUGUCGCCAUGUCGAAUCACAGCGCGUCCAGGCUGGUGACCUUCUUUUCAAGGUCGGAGACAAGGACGAUAGCAUAUUCGUCGUGCAGAGCGGGAAACUGAACGUCUUCGUGACAGACGCCGAUGGAACGGAGAUAUCGAUCAAAGUGGUUGAGACUGGUGACAGUGUGCAUAGUCUGCUUAGUAUCUUGGACGCCAUCACAGGUCACUUGGCUACCUACAAAACCGUAUCGGCAGUAGCAAUGGUGGAUUCGACAGUUCUGAGGUUACCUGCUGACGCCUUCAUAAAAAUCUUUGACAACUACCCGGAGAGUCUAGUCCGCGUGGUUCAGGUCAUCAUGGUGCGGCUUCAGAGGGUCACGUUCAUGGCACUACACAACUAUCUCGGUCUCAGUUCGGAGUUGAUCAGAAGCAGUAAUCAAGUUGAGAGGUCUGCGAGUGUCAGUGGAGCCGGGCUCGGUCCAAGGAUCGGCAAGGUGAUGAAAGAAGCCAAGUCUAGUAGUAGUUCCGACGGAGACAGAGUCAUACGGGUCGUGAAUUAUGACGAGGAGUCUGUUAGCAGCCAAUCCGGUAGCGCGGAGGCGUCUAGACCCAUUACAAUCCCCAGCCGUCUGACCACAAGACGGGGCUCAGACAGCAACAGCAUAACAACUUCACCACGUAGGGGGCGUUACUUUCGUCGCCAAUCGUAUGUAUCUGAUGCCGUCAUAGCACGACCUUCAAGACAUUCGGAUGAGGUCGAUGGCGAGACGGCGCCGACAGACUUCGAGGCAGCCCUGAGCCAAGCCAGGCUGACGACAUUUGAUGACCAAGGCGAUCCACUUUCCAUUGGCACUCCCCCAAGUCGACAGACAUUCCUGGAGUCCGAUGUGAGCCCGACAAAAUCUCGAACGGAGCGAAAACGAGUCAGCAUCACGGAGGACGUCAGUUACAUCGAGGACCAGAAACCGGAGCGCCCGGAAACCGACGAAGACAUUAUCCGGAAAGCAAAGUCUGACCUUCUAACCAUACUGGACCUGCAGGAUGCGAAUAUUUUGGACGACAAGCUCAAACUCCAGUCCUUCAGAGCAGGUGUGAUUUUGACCAAGCAAGGGGAUCAGGACGCCAGCCUCUACUUUGUGGUGACAGGUAACCUGCAGUGUGCUCAGCAGGUGGUCGGCCAUCAGGAGAAAGAGCAGAUCUCGCUUUUCUUGGCGACCCCUGGUGAGCUGGUCGGAGGUCUUGCUGUCCUGACUGGUGAGCCCUCAUUCUUCACAAUCCGGUCCAAAACGGAGUCUAAGUGUGUAGUCAUCACUAAAAAAGACUUCUAUAGCAUAAUACGCGUCCAACCCAAGGUUGUCCUGAACACCUCUCAUACGAUUGUUAAUCGGAUGUCCCCGUUCGUGCGUCAGAUUGAUUUUGCCUUGGACUGGAUGCAAAUCGAAGCAGGAAGACCCCUGUACAGACAAGGUGAUGUGUCUGACUGCAUCUACAUCAUCUUGAACGGACGGUUGAGGAAUAUCGUGAAGCGGUCCGACGGCAAGAAGGAACUAGUCGGAGAGUACGGUCGAGGCGAACUAAUCGGUAUUGUCGAGGUGCUUACACAGACGGAGAGAGCGACGACUGUGCUAGCUGUCAGGGACACCGAGCUGGCGAAGAUUCCUUCGGAACUCCUAAACAUGAUAAAACACAAAUACCCCCAGGUUGUGACACGCCUCAUCCAUCUGCUGGGGAAGAGAAUUCUUGGGACAUUGCAAGAGAACAAUAGAUUACCCUUAAGAGAAAAAGAUUCCAGAUCGACAGUUGCCAACCUGGCGACAGUGGCCGUCCUACCAGCCUCGGAUGACGUGCCUUUAAACAACUUCACCUUGGAGCUACAAUUUGCGCUCAAUGGAAUAGGUCCAACGCUGAGACUAACAAGUGAGAUUAUUCAGAAGAGACUGGGGCCAGCUGCUCUAGAAAAUGUGAACGAAUACCGCCUAUCAAGUUGGCUCGGCCAGCAGGAGGAUCUUCACAGGAUGGUGCUGUAUCAGUGUGAUAUGAAGAUGACCGCUUGGACCCAGCAGUGUAUACGCCAGGCUGAUUGCAUCCUGAUCGUGGGCCGGGCAGACGGGGACCACUCAGUUGGAAAUGUCGAGAAGCAGCUUGAAAACAUUGGGGUCCGCGCCCAGAAGGAGCUGAUCCUGUUACAUCAAGAGGACGCAGAGAAACCAGAUAAGCGGAUGACGGUGCUGUGGCUGAACGCCCGGGGCUGGUGUUCGUCUCAUCAUCACAUACGAUGUCCGAAACGUGUGUUUAGUCGGAAGAGUCAGGAGAAAGCGCUCGAGUCCUACAAGAGAUUAUUCGAAUCAACCGAGCCUGAUCGCAUGUCGGACUUCUCGCGUCUGGCCCGCUUCCUGACGGGGACGUCCAUCGGGCUCGUUCUAGGCGGAGGUGGAGCAAGGGGUAUAGCUCACGUGGGUAUGAUUCGGGCCCUGCUGGAGGCGGGUAUCCCCAUCGACAUGGUCGGAGGAACGAGUAUCGGAUCGAUCAUGGGUGGAAUCUGGGCAGAGGAGACCAAUCUUACACGUUUCACGCAACGUGCCAGGGAAUGGUCUAAGGACAUGAACUCCUUGUGGAAGAAGGUUCUGGACCUGACCUACCCGAUCACGUCCAUGAUGAGUGGUAGCGCCUUCAACAAGUCAAUAGAGGGCGUCUUCCGCGACCGACAGAUCGAGGAUCUCUGGAUUCCGUACUUCUGCGUCACGACGGAUAUAUCCGCCUCCAAGAUGCGGGUGCAUACGUCUGGUUCUCUCUGGCGAUAUAUCCGGGCAAGUAUGUCGUUGUCAGGGUACCUGCCCCCGCUGUGCGAUCCUGUGGACGGGCAUUUACUCCUUGAUGGGGGCUAUGUCAACAACCUUCCAGCUGAUAUCAUGAGGGGGAUGGGAGCCCAGACCAUCUUUGCCGUAGACGUGGGUAGCCAGGAUGAUGACUCGUUAGAUAACUAUGGCGACCAACUGUCAGGCUGGUGGCUGCUAUGGAAGCGAUGGAAUCCAUGGGCUUCUAAAGUCAAGGUGCCGGACAUGAACGAGAUCCAGGGCCGGCUUGCGUACGUCUCCUGCGUGAGCCAGCUGGAACACGUCAAGAGUUCAGACUACUGCGAAUACGUCCGGCCACCUAUUGAUAGAUAUGCCACACUACAGUUUGGCGCAUUUGACGAGAUCCACGACGUUGGUUACAAUCACGGCAAGACCAUGUUCCAGGCAUGGCAGAAGACAGGCAUCAUCAACGAGCUGUUCAAGGAGAAGAAGAGAGAGGAGAUGGAUUCGGAGAGGCGGCACUCGGGCACGUCCAUCAAGGGGGGCGUUGGGUCAAGGGCGCAGGCUCAUGCAGUCCACAACGUCCCUGUCGAGGCCUGUUUCCAAGACCUGGCCGAGUUGGUCUCACGGAUUGAGAAGCCAAAGUUCUUUGUUGGAUCCGAUGACGCAUCCCGAAACCGUCGUCUGCACCGAUUCUGGUCUGAAGGCCACAGUAUACAAGGUUUAGGCCAGUAUAGACUUGGCACUCAAAUAGACAACGAUGAAUAUGACGACUAUUACGGCGACGAGGAAGACGGGUGCACGUCCGAGCCCGAGAUGGGCAGGGAGCGCCCACUGAAGACCAGGAUGUUACGCCCCCUGUCUGAGGGUGAGUCGGCGGACGACGAUAGUGAGAACACAGGUGAUGACCUUGAGGAAUUUGACGAGGAGGACGAAGACGACUUGGAAGAAGACGAUGACGACUCGACGUUACGGCGGCGAGGAGUAAACGGCAAAAUCUAAUUCGAUCGUUUCGACGUUGAACCCUGCUUUGACGGCAUGGACAGUGUCGAACGAACGCUGGACUUAUGCUGAGGACAUUUUGUGAUGUUUGAUGCCAAGUUUGCAAAGACAAUUGGGGAUAUGAACAAAGACAAGCAAAUGCUUUUACUGCAAUUUUCUACAGGAAGGCCUAGUGUAAAUGUACAUGGAGAUUUAGAUAAGAGCAUUUGCUAGUCCCUGUUCAUAUCACCCGAUGACUACCGUCGAUUUUGUGAUGUUUGUUCCGAAAUUUGAUCGAGGAACAGAUAGUCUUUCAUUAUUAUGUUAUGCAGUGUGUGUUUGUUGUGAAAUUAAGAAAAGGGCUGUCCUUCAUGUCAUGUUUUAAAGGGACAAUCUAGACAGCAGCUAGGCAGGCAAGAUAAGUUACAUAAAGCUGCUCUUAUUGUGUAUACUAGUCAUUUGAAGAUGGCCAAAUUAGCCCCUCUCCUCCUGCCUAUAGUCCCCCUUUAAGCCUAAAUCAAUAAACCUGUGACACGUGUCAUAUGUAAGCCGUGACAGGCAAUAGCGUGAAUCAUAUGUAAACCAGGCCUAAGACAGGAAGUGUGUAACUUCCUUUUCAUGAUGGGGUUAAUUUGGCCAGGACAUGUUUCCCAUCAUAACGACAAUUUAUACAUGUCCGAUUUAUAUAGUGCACCAUUCAACAGUUCAGUUGCUCAAGUGCGCUUUGACAUAUUACAGUAGAACCUCUCUAUUACGGACACCCUCCGGUCUGACAAGUGCUGUCCUUAAUUGAGAGGUGUCCUGAUUAGAGAGGUCAAAUUGAAGAGAAACCACCAAUUUGGGACCAAAACUAGUGUCCUUGAAAGAGAGGGUUGUCUUUAAUAGAGAGGGUUGUCCUUAAUAGAGAGGUGUCUGCUAAGUGAGAUUCCACUGUAUUACCCUAUUUUUAGGACUGUACAUUCCUAUUUCGAAUUGCUUAAAAUACUGCUAUCGCUUGAAUGUUACUUACUUACUUAGGGCACAUAUGGCUUCAGUUUCCACCC